AUGGAGAAAGAUAACUUCGAUAUAGUGAGGGCACAAUCCCCCAAAUCAUACUUGUACACAUCGGUCGCGCUGACUCAUUUAGGUGAAGUGGCAUCAAAAAUCAUCUCGGUGCUAAUUGCCCAAGGUCGUCAAACCGCUAAAGAAUUGAGUCAACGUACCCAACUUACAUUAAAAUCAGUCAAGUCAGCACUUGUUUCAUUAAUUCAACUUGGUUGUGUAUAUUUCUGGCAGGACAGGGAUAAAUCUACCCAUUACUCGCUCAAUGAAACUGGGUUAAAGAUAUUGAUCAACAGUGGUGAUAUAUUGAACCACAUUACUCAAGAAUAUGGCGAAGAGGAGGCAGAAGUGGUGCAAAAUGUAAUGGAAUUGGGUCAUAUCAAAUUGGAAGAGUACCUUAAGCAAUUUGAUCAGGAUAAACAACAACGUUUAGCCAAGGAAAAGAUCAUCCUUCGAUUAUUCAAUGAAGGGUGGUUAAAAAUGUUGCGUGAUUUUGAUAACCAUGACAUGAAUGAUAUUUGGAAUCAAUUAUUUGAAGACACAAUGAAGAAAACACCACGAUCAGCAACAACUUCAGAAAUCAAACGAGUGGCUGAAAUAAUCGCCACUUGUAAAGAAAAGAUUUUAAAACUUAUUGAAAAUCCACCAACUGCUGAUUUGUACAUUCAUGAACAUGGAGUAAAGAAGUUGAACCCUGAAUUGGUGCUUUGCUUCAACUUGGCCCGAUUCGAAAAACAUUCACGCACAAUAGCAUUUACAAAUCUAGCCAAGUCAAGAAUUGGUGUCUUGUCAGCCAUGGUUUUCCAAGCUGGGUUGAAAUCAAUUGAAAGUAAUAGUCCUGAUUUGACACAUCCUUUUCUUGAAAUUGAUGGAUUGUUGAAUGGUCCUGGAGAUGUUGAUGAUUUCAAAAACGGGCAAGAAAGUGGACUUGUUGCUGAGAAAAGGAUUAUUUUCACCGCCAAGGAUAUAUUGCGAUCCCUACCCAAGGUCUUGGAUUUACAUGGUUCCAUUAUUUCCAACACUCUGGGAGUAAAUGUCAAGAGAGAAUACCCAGAGGACGAUAACGACGAUAACCUGGUCGAUGCCACCACAAAGAAGAUGAAACUAGAAAAUGGCCACAGCUUAGCCACAUCAUCAUCCACAUUUGACUCUUCUGAUGACAAUGAUGAUCGAAAAUUAUCCAUUAUUCAGCAACAUCUACAAUUACUUGCAUCAGGGACCUAUACCAAAUUCAUUAUCGAAGUAUCACCAGGUCGCUAUACAGUUUCAUUUUGCCACCUAUCACAAGCCGUCAAACAGUUCAACUACGAGUCCCUAAUCAAAGCCACAAUGAAAGAUGACACAUUCCGCGUACUUCGAUGCAUCAAACAAUUACGAUUAGCCGACGAGAAAUCUAUUGCUCAAGCAGUACUACUCAAGGAGAAAACUGUCAGAAGUCAAAUCUAUCAAUUAGUUAAAGCCAACAUUGUUGAAAUUCAAGAAGUUCCCCGUAGUGCUGAUCGUGCUGCAUCAAAGACUUUUUACUUGUUUCGAUACAAGCAACAACCUAGUUAUGAUCAAUUGAUCAAUAGUUUGAUUUUCGAUAUGGGCGAAAUCAUAAAUAUUAUUACCCAAUUUGAGCAAGAGAAUAAGAUUUUGUUGGAUAAAUGUCAACGUGUUGAUGUCGAAGGUCAUGAAGAGGAAUACUUGAUUGAGUCGGAAUUAAAAACGUUGCACAGUUUGCAAAAUCGGAAAAUUAAAAAUAUUGUCCGGUUUAAUAGAAUUAAGUCGUUGUGGGAUAUCUACAACUUGUGA